CUAGCUAGAUAGCUUGAACUUGAAGGUAAAGCUGCGCUAAGCUGAGCAGAUCGGGGCAAAGCAGCCUGAGCAGGACUCCAUUGGCAGGCUUCUUGCCGCCUCUACGCCUUUGAGCUAGGGUCGUUGCAUGCAGCAUCGUGUCUUCUUCACUUCCGACGGGAGUUCAAUAGCAUCGGCGCCGCAAUCAAAGUUGCCUCCUUGUCUUUCAGGUCACACAGAUUGAGCUUCUUUUGGACCCAUUGUGAGGCAGAGUUGCAUUAUCAUAUAGGUAGUAGCAGCCGUGUGAUUCCAAAUGGCUGGCACCACUGAUGAUACCUCGAAUGUGGCACGGUCAGGACGUUCUCUCACAUCACCGGCACAGCGGGCGUCUCGAGUGCAGAGACCGGUGCAAGCUGAAGCGGUUCCACCCGCCAAGACUUCGACGGCAGAAGCUAAGAAUGUCCCCAAGAAGUUCGACGAUACCGAAGGUCUAAAGGUUAUCGGAGUUCUGGUAGGGAUUACGGGCCUCAUUAUCACAAUUGCCGCUUGUAUAAGCUAUUCCUUGCAUUGGGACAGCAAUGAAGUUGAGGCGGCCUCGCUUGACAAGGCAACUGCGCUCCGCAAGAUGCUGGAGUGGAUGGACAAGGGCGGGGCAUACGGAGCGCUGCCCCCGUCUGCAAAGGUGGAGGUUAGAGACGACCUGGGGGCAUGCAAGUGCAUCCGCGGUGUCGUAGCCAUUGCCGACAUCAAAGCUGAAGAGAUCAUUGCAGAGAUUCCGUUCAAUCAGACGCUCUUCACCGUUGAGGGCCAGCCCCAGCCCGCGUGUACGUCCGAUGCGCAAUGGCCGGUCCGGCUGGCGUCCGCACUCCUGCGGGAGAAGGCCAAGGGUCCCGCCUCGCCCUUCUACUACUACAUCCAAUCGCUGCCCGACGAGGUCCUCGCAGCGGUCUCGCUGGACGACGAAGACCUGAAAAGGGUCAAGUACGAGAUUGGACGUACGAAGCUGGCGGCACAGCGUCCGUGGAUGCAGACUCUUCACCGCCGCUGCUCGAGAGAGGCUCCUGACCUUAUUGCGCAUGCCAGCUGGCACGAGUUCCGGUGGGCGGUGGCUGUGGUGCUCAGCCGGUCGUUCGCGCUCAAGGGAGUGCGCCUCGAGUCUGCAGAAGGAGCGACGUCAGCAGAUCGGCGGGGUGACGGCAGCGGGCUGGUGCCGCUGAUGGACCUUCUCAACCACAACGCUUGGUUCAACGCGUUUUGGGAGACCGCCCCUGACGGCCGCUCAACCCAGCUAAAAGCAGCCCGGCACAUCUCCAAGGGCGAGGAAGUCUGCGACUCGUAUGGCAGGAGAGGCAACGACGACCUGCUCAUAAGCUAUGGCUUCGUGAUCCGCGACAACCCCUCCGAAUAUAUGGCGCUCUUUGACACCGUGGACGCUGCGAUCGGCUGGCUCUUUGAGCAGUUUCCGUGUAGAAACAUUCAAAAAGAUGGUUCGAUUGGAGAUGUGGUGUCAAGACAAGCCGACUGCCGGGAGCAGGUCAUGGAAGCGGUGUGGAAGGGUCUUGAGGACGUAAAAUUGCACGAGAUUAUUGAGGGUAUGAAGGCGGACCAGUCGGGAUUUUACACUCUCGACAUCGAAAGGAUGGGGCUGUUUCAGGAUGGGGAUGCAGAUACUCGGUUGAUUGCCGCCUUCAAUAUUGCGUUCUCGCAUCCAUGCUUUUUGUGCGAAAGCCUACCAGCGGUUGCUUCGGCAAAGAGGCAGAUCACGGCUAAUUUUGUAGAAGCGCUUGAACAUGCCAAGACGCGCGUUGGGAUCCUUUCGGGGGUUGUUGAGGCAAAAGGAAGUCUAGAGAGUGACACGGUCGAAGGAAGAACCGACCUUGCGAUCAAGCUCCGAGUCCUUGAGUUCUUGGAGCCGUUUGGAAUCGACGUUGAUGUUGACGGUGUCGCGUUUGGGCGGCAGCUAACUCACCAAAACUGGACUGGAUUCAAUGACAGGGAGCGGGUGCUCGAGGAGUACAACGAGAGCAAGUUGACAGUCUUGUUAGCAUCAUUUUACAAGACCUUUAGGUUGACUUGAUUAUAUGUCUGCUGAAGCACGCUGUAUUGAUUGCUGAUAAAUUAUGGCCCGCUAUGUCCAGGCUCGCAGCUUCCCAUCG